CUGAAGAGACUGAUUUCUCCACCUUCCCUCCUUUCCUGUGACAUCAUUGCCCUCUCUGUGACAUCACCAUCCUCCUCGGGAUAUCAUUGCCCUCUCUGUGACAUCACUGCUCUCCUCUGUGACAUCACUGCUCUCCCCUGUACUGUGUGUUUGAGUCUGACUGCGCAGUGGGAAAGGAUGUUGGCCAUUAUCUGCGCAGUGCUGAUCUUCAGUGUGGCAGGGGGAAACAAACAAAAUGAGACAGAUCCCCCAGCCAGCAGCACCUCUACUGCAACACAGUCUAUGAAUUCCAGUUCUACGAGCCUACCUAACACAACGACCAUUGUGAAAACCCCCACAACGAUCAAUGAGAGCCUCACAGUGACCACUGGGAACACCAGUGUGACACCUACAGGCCCCACUGUGUCUCAGGGGGUGACACAUACUUCAGCUGAAAAGUCCACUGUGACAUGUGGGAAAACUGGAAAUACUGUCGCAAACUCACUGGCGGAUAUCUUCAGUGAAGAAAGGAUGGUUGCAUUUGCUGCUGGAGGUGUCUUUGGUAUCAUCAUCUGCAGCGUGUUCAUCUGCAUGGUCCGGUCAUGUUGCAGGAAGGGCCAGAGACGCAGGGGUGGAGAUGAGGAGAAGGGUGAUGGCCAGACGGUGCCGCUGACCAGCAUGGAUCAACAGGGCUCAGGCGUUGGGAACGUCACAGCGGACGAACGGACCCCACUGCAAUUCGAACAACCCGGAGCUGAGAACGGGGCCGUGGCAGGGGCGGAGCUGACGAACAGCACAGAGACGGGUGUGGCUAAGGACGUGGACUACGCCACCAUUGACUACUCUCAGCUGAAGAAGAGAGAGGAAGAGGAGGGGCAGGCGAAGAGCGGGGAGACGGACUACGCCGAAAUCAGACGAGAGCAGAAGGUGGACAGUGAUGGAGAGGAAGGCCCUGCGGGGGAAGGGGGUGCCGCAGGGGAGGGGGGUGCCGUGGGGGAGGGGGGCGGUGAAAACGUCUGUGUGCAGAGCAGUGAGGCUAAGAUAGAGGAAGGUGACACACCGCCUGGUUCCGAGAUUAAAGAAGUGCAGAGAGAGGCGUGA